AUGCACUUAAUUAUACAAUUUGAGGAAGCCCUCUUCUCAAGACAAAUGAUAGAAUUACAACAAAAUAACAUUAACACCAUUGCGUUACAAAUCUACUGCACAAAUACUACAUUCCUAGACAUUCCAUACCGCCGCUUGUUGGCAAAGGCCUUCAUUGCCUUUAACGCUGCCAUCCCAAGGUGUAAUACUCCCACGUACUGGACUUUGCACGAGAUUCAAUUCUCAGCCAUAGCCAAGUUCUCGAGAGGCACCCAGGCCUUGGCUUCUGGUUCACGUCUCUCGAUCAGGGGAUUAGCUCCUUUGAAGACCAUCGGUGCGCCACGCGCAACACGGGGUUCGGCGUCAAAAGCAGCCGAAACAAGAACGUAG